CAGCUGCACAAGAAGGUAGAAAACAUAACGGAAAUCAUAUUUUCUACUGAAGUAAAUGUAAGGAAGCAAUGUUAUCCAAGGCUUCGCCGAAUGUAAAUUCGGCAUUUACGUAAUAAAAAUUAAUUAAAAAGUGAAUGACUUACAUCAAAGAGGGUUGGAAUUUUGGAAUGAAGAUCAAAUGAAGAUGAAUCGAUAUAUCACCUUGAACCAACUGGGCGAUGGAACAUUUGGCUCAGUUGUUCUCGGCGAAAGAAUCGACACCGGCGAGAAAGUUGCAAUCAAGAGGAUGAAGCGGAAAUAUUAUUCCUGGGAGGAGGCUAUGAAUCUUCGAGAAGUCAAGUCUUUGAAAAAACUGAGCCAUGCCAACGUCGUGAAGUUGAAGGAAGUCAUAAGAGAAAAUGACGUUUUAUACUUUGUCUUCGAGUACAUGAAGGAAAAUUUGUAUCAAUUAAUGAAAGACAGAGAUAAACUCUUCCCGGAGCCAGUGAUAAGAAACAUGGUAUUUCAAGUACUGCAGGGCCUGGCAUUUAUGCACAAACACGGUUUCUUUCAUCGGGACAUGAAACCGGAAAAUCUCCUCUGCAUGGGACCGGAACUGGUGAAAAUUGCCGAUUUUGGACUUGCGAGGGAAAUUCGAUCUCGACCACCCUACACGGAUUAUGUGUCGACAAGAUGGUACAGAGCACCGGAAGUUCUACUGCAUUCAACAACGUACAACAGUCCUAUCGAUAUUUGGGCAGUUGGCUGUAUAAUGGCAGAACUUUACACAUUUAGGCCAUUGUUCCCGGGGAAAAGUGAAAUCGACGAGAUAUUCAAGAUUUGCUCGGUAAUUGGCACACCGGAUAAAAACGAUUGGCAAGAGGGCUAUCAAUUGGCGUCGGCGAUGAAUUUUAAGUUUCCAAAUUUUAAUCGAACUUCUCUUAGUGUACUCAUUCCUAAUGCUAGUGAACCUGCUGUGAUUCUUAUGGAAGAUAUGCUACAGUGGAAUCCUAUCAAGAGGCCCACUGCACAACAAUCUCUUAGGUAUCCAUACUUUCAAGUUCGUGGACCCAGAGUAAUUAGUAGUAAAAAAAUAGGUGUAGGAUCCCAAAGGGAACUUGUAAUGAAUAAAGUUAAUUUACCGCCAACGAUUCAUAAUUAUAAUUCCCAGGAUGGAAGUAGCAUAAAUCUUAGCAGAGUACAGGAGAAGUUACCCCAGAACCACAAUGUCCAGCAGCAAUUGCAGCAGCCAGUUUUACCUCUUUUGAAUCACAAUAGUCGUAAACGUGAGAGUAUUCCAAAAUGGGACGACGACGACGAUGAUGAUUUCGCCGAUCUACUUGGUAUUCCGUUGUUGUUCUCACGCAUCAGGAGCAAGAUCAUCCCGGACAAUUCCAACACGAAACUUGUACCCGACCGUGUCUACAAGGAAAAUCGUGCCAAUUGGAGCAGCAAUUACUCCAUCGAGAAUCCAAAGCUGUCCAAUGCCAACAACUGGUCGUUGCCUGCAUGGGACGAACCGCAAGAGCCGAAUAAUUGGAAUAAUCAUCAGCAGAAUCAGCAUCAACUUCAGAAUCAGCAUCAGCUUCAGCAGCAGAAUCAGUAUCAACAUCAAAAUCAGUUUCAGCAGCAGAAUCAGUUUCAGCAGCAGAAUCAUCAGAAUCAGCAGAGCCAGAGCAACAACAUGAAAAGUAGUGCGAGGAAACUUUCGGCCAAGCAACAUUACCUCAGCGUCGCUCGGUACGUCGCUGGCCAGAGCACGAAUUUGCCUUCCAGGUACCGACCCUUUCCCACUCUUCUCAAGCGAAUUCUCAUCGGCCACCUGACACUCCUCCUCGGUUACCUCGUCGUUCGCUGCUUCCUCGCCCACGAAGAAAUUCUCACUCACAUCGACGAUUUACUCAUUUUCACCCACCUCAAGAAACCUUCCUUCGUCCAACAGAUUCUCUCUUCAAAACAUUAUUUCCAACUUUUUUUCAAUUUUAAAACUCUCUCCACAACCUACAAUGAAAGAUUACUCCCCAUUUUCAAACACUUCAAAAAUCUCAAUCUCCUCCUUCGUGACUUUCUACAAAUUUUCAAUUUAAAAAUCGACGACAUCGAGCACAUUUGGAAUAAUCUUUUUCCCUUCGCCCUCUUGUGUUUGAAUUACCUCCUUGUGAUUCUCCUGGAAAUUUUCACUAUUCUCUGGUCGGUUGCCAUCUUUCAAUUUGUGAUUCUCUGUCAAAUUUUCCUGAUUCUUUUCGAGCGAAUUUUACAAUAUUCCUUUUUGGUAUUGAAGUACAUUUACGAAAUUCUCACCGAUCCGAAUGUGAGGAUUCAAGUGAUGAGAAUUCUUAUCAAGUACCCUUGUCAAUCGUCAUUAUCGUCGUUGGGAUGGAAAUGGGGAUUUUCUGAAAUUUGUGAAAAAUAUUUUGUCGAGAUGGAGAAAAAUUCUUGGAGUGAUGAUAUUAAUUGGUAUUUAGAGAAUUUCCUCGAUUGGAGUAAAGUGGUACUUCAGUUUAUGAUUAAAUGGUCACCGCUGAUAUUUGAAUUGUUCUUAUCGGCAUUUUGGAGGUGGGAGAAUUCACCAGUUAUUAGAGUCACUGCAUCUGUACUACUUUUUGUUGUAUUUUGCAAUUGUCUCAUCGUAUUUGAGAAGUAAAAUUCUCGAAAAUUACAUUUUCAAAAUUUUCUAGUAUAUAAUUUUUCGGAUUUUGAGUCUAAGAUGGAAAUGUCUUUUAUAUGCACUUGGAAGAUAAUUUUGCGAAUUUUCGCUAAACUUGAAGUCUCUCAAAAACUCAAGUUUUUGUACCACUGCGCAGCUAAAAUUACAGUCUGAUUAAAAUAUUUCUAAUUUCAUAAAUUUUCUGAUAUUUUUCUUAAUUUUAGACUUUAGAGUGAAUAAAAAUGUCGGUUACCAGCUUUUGAAGAAAUUUUCGCUAAUAUCUAAAACUGUUGGUCUGACUAAAACUGACUUCUACUACUUAUUCAAAGUGGCCACUCGUUUUCAUAAAAAAAAAAAUUCCUGGUUAUAAAAAAU